UUUUGUUCUAAUAAUGCGUAUGUUUUAUACCAAUGAUAUGUAUGUGACGAGUUUUUAUUAAUAAAAUUGUAACGCUUAUCAUUGCAUGCUGCUUUUUGCACAAAAUAUUGUUAAAUUACAUGAUACUUUUGUGCAAAUAACGAUCAAAUACUUUCAAUAAUGACAAAGUGUAUCUCAUCAUCGAUUAUUCGAUUAAUUGACUAAGUGAAAUUGUGAUAAUAAAUUAAGUUAAAUAACAACUAAUAAAUCGUGUAAACUGAAAAAGUGUUGGAGUACAUUUACAUAGUGCGUUAAAAAUAUUGAAAUUUAAAAGUACACGGAAGUUAAAUAAGUAGAUAUCAGGACGAGGAGUCCUUGUCACGUACGCCAUCUUGUUCCACGCAGCAAAGUACAGAAGCCAAACGAUGAAUCGUCUAUUAUCCACAGUUUCACUAUUGCACAAAAAUUCACACUUUUGUUUCCAACAAUGUUGUUGAUUACGUAUUAAAAGUUAAAAAAUAAUUGUAGUUAUUACUUUAUGCGUUAAUUAGAAAGAAAAGCGUGAAAUUGUGCGAGCGAUCGGACCGACACGUGCUGCCUCUACGCGAGCCACGGAGAAACUGCGACAUCGUAUGUCGCUAUGGCAACAAACAUCGUCCUACAGAAGUUCGAUUUGAAUCCGGACAUCUUGUGAUACGAGUAAACACCGUAGCUUAUUUAAUCGUGUAAAAUUGUAAUAAAACGUUCGUCAUUUAAUAUUUGAGCUGUCCAUUUUUUAAGUACAAUGGACGAAAACGCCGAGGCGAUAGAAUUUGAAGGUUAUGAAAGUGUAACUACAGAGGAAGGAUCAGACGAAUCAGAGAAAUACGAAAGUACUUUUCUAAUAACAAAGCAACUGAUAAAGGAAGUACAACAAGAAUUAUGUUUGGUCAAAUUAUGUUGGCCUGAAGUCGAUGUCAGAAAAGAUCUGUACCUAAGAACACUUCCAAGUAGUUACCAUACCGUCAGUGGUAAAGAAAAGGUGCUCGCAUGGUAUGCUGAAAACUUUCGAUGUCAAUUUCGCACAAAAUAUCCUGAUCGAAAGCCUCUGUUGCUUGCCUGCGAAAAUGAAUGUGGUAUACAAAAAUUCGUGUCUACGACUAUCAGACGAAGUACGCUGCCAUAUCCGGAACUGUACACGUGGCAGGGGUGCGGAAAAUUUGUCAGUGACUACAUCGAGUACGAGCCACUGGACAAACCACUCGACAUGCCCAAGCACCUGCGAUCACCAACAUGGGUACAGAAAUUUCAAAAGGGCAAUUGCUUCGAAUGCGCAACAUUUCUCACGAGCCUCCUAUUAGGACGAGGGUACAAUGCGUUUGUGGUAAGCGGUUAUGCAUCCAGGGAGCAAACCCUGUGUGAUCUUACCAGAACCACCAGCCCCUAUUUGCCGCACCCAGAGAAGCAUGCCCCUGCACCACUGGAGACCGAACAACUUUGUAGAUACGAACUUAAAUUACCUACGGCAUAUGACAGUGAAUUUUUAUUAAAACUUGAACAAGAAGAGGAACAGAAGUUGCAAGAGAAAUUGAGGCUGGAAGAAGAAGAGCAACGGAGAUUGAUUGAAGAUUUAGAACAGCCUUCGAUCGAUGAAUAUUAUGGACACAGAAUACAUGCUUGGGUAGUAAUCUUGCCAGAAUCAGGAGGACUAUGGGGUCACGAGAUUUCUUCACCACUUUUCGUAGAACCAACAACUGGUGUAUACUAUGAAGCAACAGAUGGUAAUACUGCCCAAUUUUAUUUAGGCAUAGAAAGUAUAUGGAAUGACCAGAAUUAUUGGGUAAACAUGCAACCUUCAAAAUCCUGUAUAUACAUAAAAUGGGAUUUAACAAAAGUUGAACUAUGGGAACAUUUGCUUCCUGGAGAACCAUGGGCAAUGCGUGGAAUGGGAGAGGAGAUUGAUCUUGAUUCUAUAGUAUCUGAAGAGAAACACUUAGACAUGCCACCCUCGUAUGUUAACGAAAUAAGUAUUAGCGAACAAAAUUAUGAAAAACGAUAUCCAAAUGGUAUGAAAAAAAUAUCUUAUAAAAAAAUGAAAGUUGAAUUGUACGCACCAUAUGUUCAAAUUGAUGGACUGAUACAAAGGAUUACCGUAUACGAUGAUUACGAGUACAUCACUCCUGCUGAAGUGUACGAGUACUAUGCGAACAGGUCGGACAGUCUUUUGGAAUGUCAAAAAAAUUUAAUCAACGAUUCUGUUGUUGAUUAUUAUGGAAGAGGACGAAUAGAUCAAUGCAAAGAACACCGAUACUUCGGUGAUGGUUCCAAUACAGUGGAUACCGAGCGGAUCAUAGAUUUCUAUCAUAUCGCACGGUACGACGGGCUAUCGCGAAUCGAAAUGCAUCCAGAUUAUUUUACACAAUACUUCAUCGACCGUGAUGAUCUUCUGUAUUAUCGGCACGUUGAAUUUUCUCGGGAAAGAAAGACAUCUUUGUCAGACGAUAUACAUUAUCGACAGAUUUCGAAAAUUAUCGAAAAAUUUAACAGAAAUGAAAAAGUCGAAGCAAAUAAAGACAUAGCGAUUAGGGAGUUCGCAAUUGGUGACAAUGAAAUACGACUUUCUUAUCAUUAUAAUCCAGGACAGUAUUCCAGAGCUACCCGAAUGUUCGUUAAACCACCACUACCAGAAAGAGGAGAACGACUCGUUCUCAAUCCUACGAUGACUCAAGGAUACACUCCCAUGGAUGAACAUGUUAGAGCUCUUGAUGUAUUUUAUGAACUAGAGAAGCAGUUGAAGGAAGAGGAUCAGACCGUGUCGUAUGUUAGAAGUACCGAAGUCGAAAUAUCCUUUUUUCUAAGAACUAAAAACAAUGAGUACUUGACUCCGGUGCUAUUAAUAUCUGCAUAUGAUAAAUAUAGAGAGGAGGAAUCAGCAACUGAUCUACCCACGAGCGAAUGGACACGCGUACAAAGUCAAACAGAUCUAGAAGAUAUGGAUUAUUUGAAACCAUACUUGGCCCGUAUAGGGAAUCCAGGCGAGAUAUCCACGCUUCAUGCCUAUACAAUAAAAUACGAAUGUCUCAACGAUUACAAACAGCUACUCGUAAAUAGAGCGAAUAAGAUUUUAAGUAAAUUUGAAGAGUACACGCAAGAUCUUGAGAGGCUACAAACAUCAUUAGUGCAGAGCGAGUUGAGUCGCGAAGAAGAGGAAAAAAUAUUAGAAAAGAUGGAUGAGAUCAAUUUCAUUUUGCAGACUUUAGAAACUAGAUUAAAUCGUCACAAAGAUUUAGUUCCAAAACGCUAUAAAAUGUUAAUGGAUUAUCUACAACAAAAUCCAUAUCUUACAAUACUUGAACUUGAUUUGUAAAUAUAUCUAUUGAAAAGACCAAGAA